AUGACAGGAGGGAGGGAAAAAGACCUUUGUGAACUGAGACGCCACACGUACGAGAGCUCAGUGGAUAGGUCAACGGUCAAGAAACUUGUGAGGCAGGUGUUCAAACCUUGUAGGUGUUCGGAGAUCUACAGCAAAGGCGGGAUGAAGGAAACAACUAGUGAGGAGGGUACGGGCAGGGGACAGUCUGUGUGUGGGGGUCAUGAGAGGGCGUUGUCUAUACAAGAUACUGUGCAGUCCCUGGACCUACGGGAAGAAAGUAUUGCCACCCUCCUGUGUUACCUGGAGCUACACCCGGACAGGUGGGUGGAGAACCAGAACCACGUGUACGGCAGCUGCUCCAUCCGGUGCUACGGCGGUGCCAGACAGCUGCAGACUCUGGCCAAGAAGUGCCCACCAGUAGCCGUGGCCAUCGCCAAACAGAAACUUGACGGCAAGCAGUUCUCUGUCUCCAGUCAACUUGACUUCAAAGUCAUCGAUGUUUGUGACUCCAUGGGCUGGGACUCUGGCACGGUCAAGCGGGAGCUCAAAUCCCUCAUGUGGGAAUCAGGUCCAGACGGCUUCCGAAAAACUGGAGUACUCGUGGAGUUAUCGGACUUGUCCUUCCACUUCCGGUCACGUGGGGACCUGACCUCGCAGGAGAUGGACGACGUCCUUGACUUUCUCGCCCAGCGGACCCAGCACCAGGAGAGGGCCGAGCUGCGUCAGCUGGAGAUGUUGUCGUCUGCUCUUAGAAGCGUGUCCCACAAAAACUACUGGAUGUGUAGCGAGGAGCCUGACCUAGAGAGGAGCGACAAGCUGAAGCGACAGCUGGAGGAGUUCUUUGACCGUGACGACAGGGACUACGGGCAGGACGAGACGGAGCCUCAGCUGGACCCAUCUAGCCUGAACCAGCUGACCUCUGACCUCCGGCACUUCAUCUCCCUGUACGGCCAGGAGCACACCCUGACGGGACGGGCCAUCGCCCGGAUCUUCCACGGCAUCGGGAGCCCGUGCUUCCCGGCCGAGACCUGGGGCAGGGUCCGGCGGUUCUGGCGGUGCCACCUGGACCUGGACUUCAAGGCCAUCAUACGAGAGGCCACGAGGAUGCUGGUCAGCCUAAGGUGACCACGUCUGAUUGUUACCUGUUCAUGUCAUUCGGGUAAUUUGUUGAUUAUGUCAUUCCGGUAAUUUGUUGAAUUCAACGAAUGUUUACAGGCGAAUAAUGUGUCAGGUUGAAAUAAUUACAUUAGGAAAUGUUUAGGGUGAGGGGAGGUGACGUAGCUGUUUAUAGUUUACAUUAUAUAGAUUCGUUUUAUUUUGAACAAAAAAAUUUGAACUGGAUUUGCAGAAUUAUUUUAAUAAAUGUGAUUUUUUUAAAAUUAACUUGUAGAGUAGAUUUUGGGCAUUUUUUUUUUAUUAUUAUUAUUUUUUAUUUUUUUUUGCGACAAGUUUAAUUUUAGCUUA